CAUUGACUACAGUCAGUCAUAGUAUGAAGUAACUACCUACUGGUUGUGGCAAUACACAAUUCCACGCGUCAUAUAUGGUCAGACGUACAAUUACACUUGUUACGAUAUCACAUUAAACAUUAUGUAUCAUAACAAUUUAUAAUAAUUUACACAAUUGAUGUACGCCUCGAUGUUAUCUUAUAAGUUUCACAUCUUGUUACCAGUCGGCCUAAAUACAACGAAGUAAUGUACAGUUUUUGUGUCAGAAUUGCUUGUGUGUGGAAUUAUGGUUAUAUUUAGUAUAUGACGACUACAGUGUUUUGAAGCACCGAAGCACUGCCACUCCCCCAUUAUAGUAUUUAUAUACGGUUUUUUGAUUGCAUAUUUCUAAGUGAAAAAGAAUGGAAGAUAUAUUUCAGUGGUGUCGUGAAGGGAAUGCUAUGCAAGUACGCGUUUGGCUAGAUGACACCGAACAUGACAUGAAUCAAGGUGAUGAUCAUGGGUUCAGUCCACUCCACUGGUGUUGUAAAGAGGGACAUUUAAAAUUGGCCGAGUUGUUAGUUAGCAGAGGAGCACGUAUUAAUGCAACUAACAGAGGAGAUGACACCCCCCUUCACCUUGCUUCUGCCCAUGGACACAAGGAAAUAGUUCAAUUGUUACUUAGAAAUCGAGCUGAUGUCAAUGUCACAAAUGAGCAUGGUAACACUGCCCUCCAUUAUGCAUGCUUUUGGGGUGAUCAAGUAGUUUCUGAGGAAUUAGUGGCUGCUGGUGCUUUGGUAUCUAUUGCAAAUAAAGAUGGUGACACUCCAUUGGAUAAAGCAAGAGGCCAUUUAGCUAAAAGAUUACAUGAUCUAGCUGUAGAAUAUGGACAAGACUUAAAAAAGAUUCAGUUUAAAGAUCAGAGUUGGCUGGGUUUAAAAACUAGAAGUCGUGAUGCUACACUGUCAAGGCAUAAAGGAAUAAACAUGGCAGAUCUUUCUUUGCAUACUCAUUUGGCUAGUACACCAAGUGGUGAAACAUGGCGAGGACGUUGGCAAAAUAACGACAUUGUAGCAAAAAUUUUGAAUAUUCGUGAAUGUACAGCUCGAAUUUCAAGAGAUUUUAACGAAGAAUUCCCGAAAUUAAGAAUUUUCUCACAUCCGAAUGUACUGCCUGUGCUUGGUUGUGUCAAUCAACCACCACAAUUAGCAACAGUCUCGCAAUAUAUGGCGCGUGGAAGUUUACAUAGACUUUUACAUGGAGGUACAGGCGUUGUGGUUGACACCGCUCGUGCACUUAGACUUGCUCUCGAUGUUGCAAGAGCCAUGGCAUUUCUUCAUGGGCUUGAAAGACAAAAUAGAUGCAGAUUUCAUCUUAACAGUAAGCACAUCAUGAUUGACGAAGAUUUAACUGCUCGCGUCAAUAUGGCAGAUUCCAAAUUUUCAUUUCAAGAGGUGGGUCGAAUCUAUGAGCCCGCGUGGAUGUCUCCGGAAGCUUUAAGUAAACGUCCAGCAGAUAUAAAUCUCGAAGCCAGUGAUAUGUGGAGUUUUGCCGUUUUGCUAUGGGAACUUGCGACUAGAGAAGUUCCAUUUGCUGAUCUUUCUCCAAUGGAAUGUGGCAUGAAAAUCGCACUAGAAGAUUUACGCGUUAGUAUACCUCCAGGAAUCUCACCGCAUCUGGCUAAGCUUAUUAGAAUUUGCAUGAAUGAAGAUCCGGGAAAACGUCCGUCUUUUGACAUGGUCGUUCCUAUACUCGAUAAAAUGAAACGCUAAUUUUCGAUACAAUUUUCAUUCCGAAGAAAAAGUAAUUGAACUUACUGUAAAUUGCAAUUACUAAAACAUUAUGAAUACAGUGUCAAUUAAUCUAUCUGGAUGCCUUUAUUGAAAUGACUGAAUUAUAUUUUUUAUAUAAUCAUGUUGAAAGGAAUAAUGUGCCUCUGAAAAUUUCUUCCACAAUAUUGUAUUCAUAUACAGUAGCAAAUAUAUUGUUAGUAUAUAUUGUUCUCUUUUCUCUGUUCAACAUGUUUCUCUGUUAUGUAACAUUUGUUAUACAAUUUUCAUGCAUCCAUAUUUACAUUGUCAUCAUAUAUAUUAUAUAUU